UCACCCUAUAUUUGAUGCUAGCGGCAAAAGUAAUCAAAUUGUCGGCCGGUGUGCGUCUAUUACGCAACUUUAUUGUUCUCCUAAUCAUAGUUAAUGUAAUUGUCAUCAUCAUUAUCAUCACUGACGAGAUUUUUAGGAGUCACGUUAUCUAUCCAGUAGACGGGCUUUUUUUGGUUAUCUGGAACUCCUCUUCACUGCCCGUGGAUUGGUAUCACUGGUAUCGGCGUCGCACCGGUCUGGUGCAUGCAAGGCUGUGCGCUCCGUUUUUUAACUUUAAAGAAAGAAAGCGCCAGUCCUUCUCUUUAAUCAGAGACUGAGGGAGGCGGUCCAAGGCGCGGAGUGUAAUCCGAUAGCUGCUCUGACUUAAUGCUAUUACAUCCACAUGCUGCCGCAGAGAGUCGGCUCAGAAGCACUGGUGGUGCAAGACGCUGCUACAGCAGACAGACCGCAGCUCUUGCCUCAAAGCGAGUCAUCUGAACCAAGAGAACGGAGGCGAGUCUGAUUCCCGAUUCACCGUAAGGAAGAUCAUCCUGCCCUUUUUUUUUUUUAGCAGAGAUGCAGCAUUGCUCCGUCGGCUUAUCUUAAGUCACAACAGAUGGUAUAUUUUUGGGGAGAAAGAGGGAGAACUAUCUUCUUCAUUACAUGACUGGAAAUAAUAUACGGGGCGCGAUACACAAACUGGUUGGACACUUCAAUUCAUUGGAGUUUGAUAAACUGUGGAGCUAACCUGAAAGACUGGCAUAAAUCCCCCCCCGAGUUUCGAAAACGGCAAAGAUAGAAAGUUGUCAACUGUGGGACUUAACGCUUGUUUCACGCAUAAGUCUGUAAUAUGACUAAUUCAGCGUUUAUGAAUUAGUCACUUAAACCAAGGAAACUGUGCCGCGUAAGAGACGGACAACGCAAAAGGUGGAAGGAAAGGCAGGAAAGUAGUCGCAUUUCUCAAGCUAAAAGCCGCAAACCAAGUUGGGAUAAGUGUGCGGCUCAUAAAAGGAAAAUAAACAUUUCCUCAAAACAUCAAGCGAAGACUUUGACAGCACGUCCCCCCCUCAGAAUACCCUCAAGAUGGAUAUAUUCGCAUAUCGGCUUGGAUUUUUACUCGUUUGUGUUUUAACCUCAACUGUGCACGGAGAAGAAAAGCAAACCUGUGGAGAAGAACUCGAUGCCAGUCAGGCUGGUUACAUCACCUCCCCCGGUUACCCCCACGAAUACCCGCCUCACCAGCAUUGCAAAUGGAUCAUAACAGCUCCUGAGCCCUCACAGAGGAUUGUGCUGAACUUCAACCCCCACUUUGAACUCGAGCGGCUCGACUGCAGGUACGAUUUUAUCGAGAUCCGCGACGGGAAUUCGGAUUCGGCGGAUUUGCUGGGGAAGCACUGCAGCAACAUCGCUCCGCCCGCCAUCAUCUCCUCAGGGCCUGUGCUCAUGAUCAAAUUCGUGUCCGACUACGCGCACCAAGGGGCAGGAUUUUCGCUGCGCUACGAGAUCUUGAAAACCGGCUCAGAUUGCUCCAAAAACUUCACCAACCUGUCUGGUGUCAUUGAAUCCCCCGGGUUCCCUGACAAGUACCCCCACAACCUGGAGUGUGUCUUCAUCAUCAUCGUCCCUCCGCGCAUGGAGGUCACCUUGAAGUUCCUGACCUUUGACCUGGAGAACGACCCCCUGAAUGUGGGCGAGGGGGAAUGCAAAUACGACUGGCUGGAGAUCUGGGAUGGGCUGCCUCAAGUGGGGCCUGUGAUCGGAAGGUACUGCGGUGUCAAAAUCCCUCCUGAGAUCCACUCCUCCACAGGUAUUCUCUCCCUGACCUUCCGCACUGAUAUGGCCGUCGCCAAAGAUGGCUUCUCCGCCCGCUACAAUAUGACCUACAAGGAGGCCAGCGACACAUUUCACUGUAGCAGCCCUUUUGGCUUGGAAUCUGGGGAGAUUUCUGACGAGCAGAUCAGCUCCUCCUCAACUUUCUACGAUGGUCGCUGGUCUCCCAAGCAGGCCCGUCUGAACAAUGAAGACAACGCCUGGACUCCUUCUGAAGACAGCAACAAGGAGUACAUUCAGGUGGACCUGAACUUUCUGAAGGUUCUGACUGGUAUUGCCACCCAGGGAGCUAUCUCCAAGGAGACGCACCGGAUCUACUAUGUCACAACAUUCAAGCUGGAGGUCAGCACCAAUGGCGAAGACUGGAUGAUAUAUCGACAUGGCAAAAACCACAAGGUGUUCCAUGCAAAUACAGACCCCACGGAAGUGGUUCUGAACAGGAUCCCCCAGCCGGUGUUGGCUCGCUUUGUGCGGAUCAGACCCCAGACUUGGGAGAACGGAAUCGCCCUCCGGUUUGAACUUUAUGGAUGUCAGAUCACAGAUGCCCCCUGCUCCGACUUGCAAGGCAUGCUCUCGGGACUCAUCCCUGACUCUCAGAUCUCCGCCUCCUCAACGCGGGACAUGCACUGGUCCCCCGGUGCUGCCCGUUUGGUUGCCAGCCGCUCGGGGUGGUUUCCCAGAGCCUCACAGCCGCUGGCCGGGGAGGAGUGGCUGCAGGUGGACCUGGGACUCCCCAAGAUGGUCAGGGGCGUCAUCACCCAGGGGACCCGUGGAGGAGAGGGCAGCACCGAAAACCGCGCCUUUGUCAGGAAGUACCGGGUGGCUUACAGCAUGAAUGGCAAGGACUGGGACUACAUUAUCGACCCAAGAACCAUGCACCACAAGCUCUUUGAAGGAAACACAAACUACGACACUCCAGAGAUCCGGCGGUUUGAAGAGGUGAUGGCUCAGUAUGUCCGAAUCUAUCCAGAGAGAUGGUCCCCUGCUGGGAUUGGAAUGAGGCUGGAGAUUGUGGGCUGUGAUCCAUUGGAACCUACCUCCAUCACUGACAUGGCCACACCCACUGUCCAGAGAGAAAACCACACCACCACGGUCCAGGCACCAUGUGUAGGAGAUCCGUCACGGUGCUCAAAAGACAGCCAAGUCCCAGCGACCACCGCAGCCUCCAGUGGAAACUCCCUCUGCGAUUUUGAGCAAAACCUCUGUGGCUGGACUCACGACCCCGUGUCCGACUUCAACUGGUCUCUGCACAGCGGCAGUGGUACUCUCGGCCUGGGUCCCAGCCAGGACCUCUUCCUGGGGUCAGACGAAUACGGAAACUACUUGUACAUCGAAGGCAGCCAGAAAACAGAGGGGCAGCACGCCAGGCUGAUUAGCCCCGUAGUUGCUGCCGAGAAAGGGCCGCUCUGCCUGGUGUUCUUGUACCGCAUGAAGGGUGAGGAUGUGGGUCCCCUGCAAGUCCGCAUGAGGGAUACCGAUCUGGAGGAGACCGUUCUGUGGGAGCUGAAGGGGGACCAGGGCUCCUCAUGGAACGAAGGCCGGACCGUCCUGCCUAGGUCACCAAAGGAAUACCAGGUUGUGAUGGAUGGGUUUAUUGAUCAUGGCACAAGAGGGAAUAUAUGGAUAGAUAACAUCGACAUGACCUCUAGCAUCCCACUGGACGAAUGCACUCAACCCAUCAGUGCAUUUCGACCCGAUAUGACCGGGGGCACCCUUCCCGGAGGGAGCGAACCCACUGUAGACUCGGUGUCAGUGCAACCCAUUCCAACCUACUGGUAUUACGUAAUGGCCGGGGGUGGCGCUCUCCUGGUCCUGGUGUCCGUCGUGCUGGCCAUGGUGCUCUGCUGUCACCGGUACUGCUACACGGCCAAGAAGAGCCAUCUCUCUGUCUCCUACAAAAACUCGCAUUACCCCCCUGCUACAACCCCCGGAGUGGAGCCCACUCUGAUUAUUAGAGUAGAGAAGGAGGACCAUAACUCCCAUUGCUGAGGAAGUAGGACCUCACAGAACUAACAAAGAUCUCCCACCUAGAUCUCUCACCUAAACAGCGAGAUCUUGCCUAAGAUAUUUGCACUUUUCUAAGUAUUUUGAUGGGUUGGAAUAAAAUAUCUAUGUACUGCCUUUUUUUCGAUUGGAUGCUGCAUCUGAAAAUGAUAUAUAAAUAAGAAAAUACGGGACGGCCGUGGACGUGCAGUUUGGAUAACGAAAGAAGGAAUGCGUUUGCUAACCUUACAUUUCUGCCCGCCUUCUUUGUAAGCGGUUUGGACCCGAAAGCAAAAAUCAUAAACCAAGCCAGAAGCUCAUGUGAUACCGAGUCCUAAUGUAUGAAAGUACUGAGGACUGCUUAUGGUCUCAGGCUCCCACUUUGAGCUGCAUGAGAAAAUAAAAAGUCUAGCUCAAACAGGUACCCCACCCCUCCCUUUGGUUUUUAACCUCAGAAUAGAUGUUCUCAGGUAUCUGGAGGUUUGGGGUGUUCCACAGAGCAAUGGGAGGCACUUUACAGAGAGCGAUAUCAAGACACACAGUGCCACAGCACUGAAAUGAGCUGGAAUCCAAAUCUCGAAAUCUUUCUCUCUACCUACAACUCCCCCGAUCACAACAAGAACUGUGGGAACGAAAGUGCACUCUUGCCUACAGUUCUGCAACAGCUCUAAGACAAUUAUGAGACAUGGGACUCUUUUUUUUUUUGUACCGUCUCGGAAAACGGAAAGCUUUUUACAGCAGCCUUCUCGGAGAACAGAAAUGUAUUCAAGAGGGAUUCAAACCCUGCUGUGUUCGAAAGAUGGGAGGCAUAGCCUAGGACAGCAUUAGCAUUUUCAUGCUGCAUUUAUGAGCAGAGAGCUCCCAACCUGUUUUUGACCAUUAAGACAUUUGAUUACAAAAAAAGACGAGAAGAAAAAAAAACAAUUGUUUUUGCAUCUGCACACCUGUGAAUUGAGAUAUUGUGUUUACUAUAUGCAAAAAGAAUUCUAUUUGCCUUACGUAGCCUUUUGUUUCUGAGAAGCCUGUGACGCCACUUUUACUUGACACUGGCCUUAAACUAUGGGGGUGGUGAGAGGAUACCAAACAUCUGUGAGAAAGUUUAGAUUUGUUUUCUUAACUUUGCCUUCGCAAUUACUGUAUAUUUUUGCUAACUUAAAAUUCGCAGUUGAGUAACGACGAAUGUUAAAACCAUGUGAAGUCUUUGCAUUACCAUAGGAUUGUCAAGCACUUGUAUUGCUGUGGAUGUAGAUAGGGUGCUCCCUUACACUAAAAGCAAGAAAGCGUUGUUUCUGCCAGUAUGAUUUUGGCUUUACAAUUUGGGCAUGUUUAAUGCAAAACCAGGGGUUGCCCCCUUAAAAUGAUGCAGCCCAAAACCAAGUGACUUUCACAUCACCUUAGAAAACAAACAUCCAAGUGUUGAUGAUACACAAAUCUAAAGGAUUCAAAACCUCAUUGUUGCUGCACUUUCAGAGUAGCAGUAGGCCUGAAAUUGUAGGCCACAUUACAAACGCUUUACAGUAGUUUGGGCGGACUCUAAUAAUGACAAAACGAGCCGACGAAUAUAAGGGACAGCAUUCUUAAUACUUUUGAGAUAGCUUGAGUGGCUGAGGAAAUGAAAGCACUGGUAAAAGAUCAGCACCGUCACCACCCCUUGUAUGAGGAGUGAACCAGUGAGGCAGCUACAUGGGUGAAGUUGGAGUGAAGGGAGGAGUCAGAACAGAUGAGCACAGAGUUGAGUGCAGCCAGUGAGCAUUUAUAUGUAGCCAAGAGGAAGCAUGACAAAAGAAUUUGACCAUUUAAUGUAGUGUCUCAAAAGCCACUGCUUCUCCCCUUUACAGAAUAGUGUCAUCUCACAUGUAUAGGCAAGUUGCUUCUUUCCUAGUAUUCUAAAUUGUUUGCUAGACUGUUUUACAUUUCGUAAAGCGUUUUCUGAUCUGAGCUUAUCUUCCAAUAGAUGGAGUGAUGCUAAGCAGUGGACAGUUGGUAUGGGGGUGGAGUUUGAAGAACAAUUGGGGGAAAUGUAACGGUUCUAUAAAUUUUUCACUUCACAAUGCCUGACAGGCACACGAUUUUGUCAUUCAGUCACCACACAGAACUGGUAUCUGCAGAGAGUGUGAUUCUCUAAGAAAUACAGGCCAGGACCACGUUAGCAACUACUGGACACACCUUUUUUUAAGCCAACUUUUUAAAUACCAGUCAAGGUUGUGAUUUCUUUCAAGGGUUGAGAACCAGUUCAAAGUGCUUAUUAUUUCAUUACUACAUUUUUUCUUAUUGUCUUCGUACGACAGAAAGGAAAGAUCCAGGAAUCUAUCUAAAAUGGUGCUUGACUUAGAUCCACAUGCUCUAUUAGGAGUUUUAAAAAUGAAAAUAUUUCCAUUUGUGGUUUUCACAAAAAGGAAAAAAAAGGCUACACUAUCUUUUUACAUUCUACAUCUGGCUAUAGAUCACAAUAAUCUUUUUAUGAAGUGUUUUCACUAAAAUUCUUCUAUUAAUCCAGUGCUUAUAAUAGAGCAUGUGAAAGAAUAGGGAAGAUCAAAGGACCUUUUUAAGAGCCUUUCACAAAGCACGAGCAAAUGGAAUUUCUGAAAUAUGAAAGCACAUGAAUAAUCUCAAAUAUUACAACCACCUGUCUCGUCCAGCCUUGGAUAAUAUCUCCAUAAAAGGAGAUUUACAUCAGGGUUUUCUGUAAUCCUAGUUAAAAGAAUUGUCUCCUUUUUAUCAGUCACAUAAUGGGAUUGUACUAUACAGUAGCACAGAUACCAGCAUAGGAUAAACCUAAGUAUCUGUAUCUGUUGAUCAUAUACCCAGAUAUUUUUGGUCCUACACAGGACAGUUUCUCUGAAGAUUUUAAAAGGUUUUAUUUAUCCAUACAAACCUUUUUAUAAGAACGUAUUCUUUGAUGAAGCACUGUACUUGAUAGCUACAUUUUAGAAUUUGUCACCGUUGUAAUGUAGAAUGACAAAUGUCGAGAAAGUGUGAACCACACCUAUUCAUUUCAAACUCAACUACAAUCUAAUAGGGUAAUGUGAAAUGUGAUACUGGCCAACCUUUUGGUUUUUGACAAGGACUUCUGACUUAAGUGUCCUGCUUAUAAAGCGGCUACUUAGAAUUGUCUUUUUCUGUUUGUUCAACUACAUAUUUCAAAUGAUCAAGUAAAAAAACAGCCUUAAGGAAGCUGUGUUAAGCUGUGUUUCAAAAUCUGUUCACCGAAUGGAUCUGUGAUCCUAUCCUACCUGGACUGUCAAGAAAAUCCUGUUGGAUUUGGUAUAUAAAAUUCUUAUUUAGGUACAGAGGUCUACAGCAGUCAUACUUGGUUGCUGAAGACUUUCAGGGUCUUCUGGUUUUUGGUCCACCUUAAACUUUGUAUUGACUCAGUUUACCUAGUUUAUUGGACAUUUUGAAGGCCAAAGGAUUAGGUUUACCAAAAUAUCUCAAAAUCAUUCCAUAUUCCUUAUAAUUCAUUUUCUAUCAAGACUGUGUGGAAAAAGAACAUAAUUCGAUAACCAUUUUUCUGCUUCAGAACGCUUGUUCCCUCAGGGCAUCUCACUUUUACAGAUAGCGAAAUUAUACAAUUGUGGAGCCAUGCAGAUAAGUGCAGGUUCACAACAGGUAAUUUGAAUGAACCAGGGAACAACAUGGAGGUGAUGACUUUUUGGAUUUUGUUAAAUGCAGUCAUUUGAAAGUAGGGAUGGGCAAUUCAAUAUCUAGCAGAAUAUGCAGGAUUUUUUCAGUUACCAGGUGAUUAAGACUUUAACAGAUGCUUCACAUCUCAAGAUAAUUAAAUGAAACAGUGGCUCUUGAUUAGUGUGGUUGCUCAUCCUUUGUUUACCAGAUGCACCUGAUACAAGGUCCACUAUUUUAAACCUUUCUCAGGCCUAGAUACUACUGCUACUUUUCUGUUUAAUCAAAGGUGAAAUGGUUGGAUUUAUAACCAGAAGACCUUGCAAUGUUCCUGAAAAUGUACAACACACAGUUUUUCCUAUGCUCUUUCACUGUGUCUUUAUAGCUUCAGUACAGGUGAUAUUAGGCUCAGGGUAUUUUGACAUUUGCAUUUGUGAACUUCGUGAUUCAGGCAUCUUUCUAUCUUUUUGUCUUUCUCGGACGAAAAUGUAAAAGAGUUGAUGGAAAAACAGUCUAUUGUUCUUGUCUUGUCCUAUCCCUGGUAAUGUGAAUGCUCUGUUUAAGUACAUUUUCAAACAAGUUCAUGACGCGCAGCAAAAUCUUUGUCGAACCCCUCACUAUUUAAACUGGCCUUAGUAAAGGUUCCAAUACAAAGGCCACUAUUCUAGAAGGUUCCUUUUUACAGUUAAACCCCCCAAAUAAAGAAUAAGUUAUAAUGCCAUUAUCGGAAAUGAAGGAAAAAGUAAUGUUGCUGAAGGCAGCAUUGGGGGAUUUUGCAAAGACUGAGAUACUUAGAAUACUUUGGCAUAUUCCCAUAAUGUGCUUUUAAAUCAACUUCAGGCUCUGUUACUUCCCAUAAAUUCCUUUAAAGCUCAUAAUAUUUUUAAUUAGUUAAUGGACCAGAUAACAUUUAUUACACCUGAAGUAAGCCUUUUCUCUCCCUUCUCCCCCCCCCCACCCCCGUUCAUGAACAAAAUAUUAAUGAGAAAAAGCACUCACAGUUUGAAUUUUCCUUUGGUCUUCGAGCUUAAAACGAAUGAGCAGUGCCAAGGUGUAGCUCCUGGCUGGGCAUUUUUUUUCUUUCAACUGUUGCAUUCUUGCUUGGAAAGAUAAAAAAAAAACCCGCAAUGCUGUAUGCAUCCUGCAGUCAUUGCUAUAGCACAAAAUGACUCAUGCACUUGUUUGUUUUUUGUGUGCGAACAAUUCAAUUCCAAGUUCGCUAGAGACUAAGAGGCCGAUUUGACUUUUGAGGGAAUUAGCAAUUCAUCAAAGGGAAAAUAUUCCACCCGAUAAAAUAUUGUAGAACUGUUUUUGACUUGGUGCCGUCUCAGUGAAAACUUGUUUCUGGUCCUGGAUAGUUAGAAGGUAACCCUCUUGUUUUGCCACACCUGAGCUCCUGAAGAUUGAAUUCACCUAAACUGUCACUGUGUUCAAGGCCUUAGCUAUGAAACCUGCUGUAGUGUUUAUACUACACACCUGAUGUCAGUUUCCACAAUCAGGAUUGAGUAUCCCUGCUAUAGCUGACCUUUCUGCUUCAGGUGGAAGCUUAUGUUGUGUACUGAAAGUAUUAAAAACACUGAAGGCUGAAGCAGACCGUAUUGUAGCUAGAAGAACCUAAGACCUUAUUAGCUUUUUCUCCCAGUUUAACCCAUGGAAGAUGACAACUGAUUUAAAGCUAAUCGCUGGGUAACUUCAUGUUUCCCCAAAUCCAAUUUACAAGUGAGUCUUCACCAGGAUGGUUUGUUAUCCUUCUGUAAACUUUGUGUCCUCUCUUUGUGAAUGUAACGCUUUGACUGUGAUUGAUUCAUAUCCUGAGCCAUGUCCAUUGCGCUCUUCAGCUUAUGGCCUGUUUGUAAGAAAAAAAAAAACGAGAGAAAAAAAAGAUAUGAGGAAUAUUUCAGCUUGUGGAAUUUACGUUAUUGAAGAUGUAUUGUGUGGAAUGUAAUAAAAUAAUAUUUUUCUAUA